AUGGAGCCCGGCGCGACUGCGACCCCCGCCGCUGUCCCAGCUCACGCCCAAUUUCACAUAUCCUCCGAAAGGUACCCUCCUGUCCUCCCAUGGCCUGAUAUCUCUUCGCGCGGCAAGUGGUCCGUUUCCUCAUUCAAGUUCGGUUUCGGGUCGGAAUGUCUUCGCGAUGGCGAUCCGGAAACCUUUUGGCACUCGGACGGUCCCCAACCCCACUUCAUAACAAUCGAGUUCCCCCAAAAGGUGGCCAUCCAGGCAAGUUGCAAAAUUAGCAUCUACUUGAGUUUUCCUCAGGAUGAUUCUUACACACCGUCAACCCUCGCAAUCCGAGCAGGCACUGGUCCCAGUGACUUGCAGGAUGUACGGGUUGUGACUCUGGAUAAGCCUGAUGGGUGGAUCACCUUUGAUGUCUCGUCAGAGCCCAACGAAGACGGCGAGGGAGGCUCCAAGCCCGUCCAUGCGUAUGUAAUUCAAGUUAUCAUUGCUGCCAACCAUAUGAGCGGCAAGGAUACUCAUGUAAGAGGCCUUCGUGUAUUGGGUCCAGUAGAAGAGCAAGCAGCAGAAGGAGACCCAUUUGCAUUUUCAUCUCCUCAAUUCAAAAUGUACGAAACAAUUCGCUAG